CUGGACUAGAGUAAAGACCAGCCAAUUAAAGAUCAGAUAUGACCGGCUGGACACUUUUUAAAAUGUCCAAAUCUUGCAAUUAAAUGUAAUUUUUGCAAAGUGUGUUUUAGUGUAUGUACGUUAGGGUGGCCAGUUGCAAGCUCAGGGUGGGGCUCGCUCGUCCUAGUCUUAUCUUUGCCACACACACACAACGUGCGCACGUAUAAAAGAGUUAAUUUGGUAAACCCGUUUUACAUCCAAGUGUGUGCGUGGCUCCUUUCUACCUGAGCGCUCACGCAUGCGGAGUAGUCUCAACCCUGCUGCCGCUGCUGCACCAGCCGGGAGGAUGCACUGAAGAGCUGCUGAGUCCUCCGCGUUUUGCUGUGAAAUUCAACGCUUUUUCAACGGAGUUCUUUGCGGAACGCUCCACGCCCGUGGAACCAGUCACAGCGUGAUGGUGUGAUGUGUUCCUAAAGCUAUGACUUGUCAUCACGUCCCUGUCGGGCCCUCCCCUUCCCAUGCCUGCCCAUCGCCUUGGUGACUUUGUCGCCCUACCCCACUUGCCACUCUCGUUCAGUCCGCUGCUGGGAUGCACGUGAUGGACAGCGUCUCGCCAGCCAAUGACAGCGAGGCGUUCUCCAUUCUGGAGGACAGAACAAAUAUGAAGGGACCACCAUUGCCACCGCCUCCGCCGCCACCACCACCACCACCUCCUCCUCCUCCUCCCCCUCCCCUGCUCCCUAUGCGGGGAGACGCCACAGGAGGCCUGAGGAGCAAGAAGAGGGUUAGGAGCUUCUUCUGGAAAACCAUCCCAGAGGAGCAGGUGAGGGGGAGGGCCAACCUGUGGACUCAGGAACGGGUGCAGCAGCAGUACCAGAUUGACGCCCACACGGUGGAGGAGCUGUUUGGCCAAUCAAACACUAGUACCAUACCUUCCAGGGGACCAUGGGUCCGCAGCUUGCUCCGGGAGACGAAGGAUGAGGUUUCCAUUCUGGACAACAAGAGAGGCAUGAAUGUUGGCAUCUUCCUCAAACAGUUCAAAAGAUCCAAUCAGGCCAUCAUCGACGACAUUCGCCAUGGCAACAGUAAGCCGUAUGGGGUGGAGCCUCUGAGAGAGCUGCUGAAGCUGCUGCCCGAGACGGACGAGGUGAGGAAAAUGAAGGCGUACAGCGGCGAUGUCUCCAAGCUCUCACUGGCUGAUGCCUUCGUGUACCUGCUGAUUCAGCUUCCCAGUUACACGGCGCGUAUCGAGUCCAUGUUGUUGAAGGAGGAGUUUCCCAGCGCGUGUGAGGCCAUGAGGAGCGACAUUGGUGCACUUCGCUCAGCAACGAGAGAGGUGCUGGGCUGCCAGGAGCUCCAUGCCGUCCUCCACCUGGUGCUGCAGGCCGGGAACAUCCUGAAUGCCGGGGGCUAUGGAGGCAACGCGGCGGGCUUCAAGCUGUCGUCCCUCUUGUCUCUGGCUGACACCAAAGCCAACAAACCGGGGAUGAACCUGCUACACUUUGUGGCUCUGGAAGCUCAGAAAAAAGAUGAGAAACUGUUGGAGUUCCCGUUGAAGUUGAGUCACGUUCAGGCAGCAUCCAGGAUCUCUGUGGAAACGCUGGAUAGUGAACUGCAGUGGCUGACAUCCCGCACACGCUCAGUGGAGGAAAGCGUCCAGAGGGACACGGAGCUCCUGCAGCAGCUGGACAGCUUCCUACAGCAUGCAACGGGUUCUCUGUGCUCGCUGCGCACCGGCCAGCAGCUGCUGAGGAAAGAGGCUCGUGACAUGAUGGACUUCUUCUGCGAGGACAGUGAGACGUUCCGCCUGGACGACUGCUUCGGCAUCCUCCACGGCUUCUGCUGCAAGUUCACCAAUGCCGUCAAGGACAACAAAGAGCGAGAAGCGAAGGAAGCAGCCCGACGCAAUCGGUUACAAGUGCUGGAAGAGCAGAAGAGACAUUCCUGGGCCGGCGGCGAGGAGGUGGGCGGUGCCAUCGGCGUGCACUGCAGCAGCGAGACUGACCUUUCGGCAGCCAUAUUGCGCCACGACAAAGCUAGCAUGCUCCUGGAGCUCCUCUCACCAAAGUCCCGGCCAUUCUCGAGCAGCUUGUACACUCCUCGGGGACGCGCAGGGAGCUUGCGGCGAUCCCGACACUCGCCGUCCACCUCGCCAUCGCUUGCCGCAGACCGUGAAUUGAGUACGCUCCUCAGAUUAGCCACUGAAAACCACCAGGUGUCUUCAGCGUCAAAGGUUCCUCCUCAGAAUCCGCCCCUCAGACCGAAGGGCCUGACAGAAAGCCAUCCUCAUCACUACACAACACAACAUGCCACAAACCUCAAUGAUCAUCUGACGCAUGUCAGCGCAACAAUAAGCCAAGAGGCCGCUAUGUCCGACUUGAACAACAACGGCAAAGAUGACCUUAGUUCAGUCAUUGGCGCCAAGUUGUCACUUUCAGAAUGUCACGAGCACCAAACAUCUUCAGCGGUUGAUGUUGACAACGUCAGCACUGCUAACAACAACAACAUGGCCGUGCUUUUAGAGAAGCGCUCUCUGGUUCCUGAGCUGAAGGCCUUCAACGAGGUCUCCGUCACUGCUGACCGCUGGGCAGACGACGUGUCGCACAGUAGCGCUCAUCUCCACGGCGACCAGGAAGACGUCACCGUUACGGAUGUGGAAGAGAAUGCCGAAGACAAGGUUGUUGUGUGGUGCGUGACGGGUGUGUGCGAGGCGGCAGGCGAGCAAAUGUACAAGCAAGGAGGAAACGACCCCUCCUCAUCAGCCCCGGCCAAGCAUACACCUGUAGAACGACAGCGUCCAACCAAGAGCAAGCCGGAACCCAUAAGCAGCCAACCAGUGCCUUCCUCGCCACUCUGUGUCGACCCCACAACUGCUCCUGCGACAUCCGAUCUCACCACUUGUCAAGAAGCGGUCAGUAAAGAGGCAGAAUCGCAGAGGUCUGCCAAUCACAAGGCAGAAACAAAAACCCUCACCGGGUUGUCAAUAGGUGACAAGCGCAAGAAGUCUGCAUUUUGUCAUGUGGGCAAGGAAGCAGCAUCGACCAAACUGUCCACCAAGAGCCUUGUCGCUACCUCCAAAACCGGGAUCAAAUCUAGACAUGUGCGCACCCUCAACAGCUCUGAGAACCAGAACAUGAGGAGGGUGGUGCCCAUUUCCAGGACCAGUAGAGGGACACCAGCCCUUCAAAAGCCCCCCGGAGAGAGGCCCUCCACUGACCCCUCAUCCAGACGCUCCAGCCUCCACAAGGAUUCAAAGGAACAAAACCUUUUCAAUGCUCGGAAUCAGGACUCGCAAAAAAAGCCGCUGGUCCAAAAGCCAGAAGAGAAGAUAUGCCGCUCCACAUUGCGGGCUCUCGGGGGUUGGGCCAGCCUCAGUGCUCCUGCCACGCCUUUACACAAAGGCACCGCCCCCUCAUUGAGCCCUGGUUUUGCUCGAAGCACCGCCUCUUCAUCUUUCAGAAGGACACAUGCCACCCUUCCUCGACCCGCUGUCCCCAAAUCUGCUUCUCAGUCUGUCCCCCUAUCCGGCCCUGCCUCCCCCCUCAUUAGAACAACCUCCCUUAGAGUCACCACCACCUCCACCACAUCCAGAUCUGCUGACCAACCUCACCCAUCAUCCUCCUCCUCGUCUUCCACCUCUUCCGUGCUGAAGAAGACCCAGAGCAUCAGAACACCUCACGACUCCUUCACUUCCCCUAAUGGCCACAAACGGAAUGGCAGCAGCAGUUCCAACAAAGACCCAGGACACCGGCCCAUCUGGAGAUAGCACAUUUCCUUUAAUUGGACUCUAGUUGGAGUAGACUGAAUUUAAAUUAUAGCACAAAAAAUGCUGUAUAUUUUAUGUAGCUCAUCUGGAAAAUGAAGAAAUAUUAUUUGUUUAUAUUUAAAAAGUGACACUAUAUAAACGCCUUGGUUCUUUUUUUAAAUUGA